GUUUAAUUCACAGCAGUAAGUUUCAAAUGAUAAUAUAAUUACAUUUAUUCAGUAUACCAAGAUUAAAAACCGUCCACGUGAUGCCCUAUCAAUCAAUGUUGCCACAGAAACGGUAGCCUGUUGCCUGGUAACCAGAGCCCACCUCUCAUCUGUGCGACCACUGCGCAUGCGCGCCGCCGUCAGCUGGGGCGCCGAGGCAGCGGCAUCAUGGCGGCGUCCGCUCGCAGCGUGCAGGGUAUCUUGCGAAGUGCGAUGGUCCCGUCGUUGGUAGUGAUUUUGGGAGCUACCGGCACCGGAAAGUCCAAGCUGGCGAUCGAGCUCGGAAGACGGCUUCGUGGAGAAAUCAUCAGCGCCGACUCCAUGCAGGUGUAUGAGGGCCUUGACAUCAUUACCAAUAAGGUGACAGCGGAGGAGCACGCCCUGUGCAAACACCACAUGAUCAGCUUCGUGGACCCGCUAGUUAGCAGCUACACGGUGGUGGACUUCAGGAACAAAGCCCUGGCUCUGAUAGAUGACAUGCACAGCAGAAACAAACUGCCAGUCAUUGUCGGAGGAACAAACUAUUACAUUGAGUCUGUGCUGUGGAGAGUCCUGCUCGAUACGGGGCAGGAGAACGAGGAGUCAAGGGACGGAGCUGAUGGGGCCCCAGACAGGAAGUUGGAGCUGGAGAAACUGGGAGGAGUGGAGUUGCAUAAACGCCUGGCGGAGGUGGACCCCAAAAUGGCCGCCAUGUUGCACCCCAAUAACAAACGCAAGUUAGCAAGGAGUCUUCAAAUCCACGAGGAGACAGGCGUCCCCCACAGCAGCUGGCUGGAGGAGCAGAGGGGGCAGGAGGGAGGCGGCGGACUGGGCGGGCCGCUGAGAUACCCAGACCCCUGCAUCUUCUGGCUGCACGCUGACAUGGACGCUCUCGACAAGCGCUUGGAUGCCCGUGUAGAUGAGAUGCUGUCUGCUGGACUGAUAGAGGAGCUCAGAGACUUCCAUGUCCGCUACAAUCAGCAGAAAGUCCAGGAUGACAGUCAGGACUAUCAACAUGGGAUUUUCCAGUCAAUCGGUUUUAAGGAGUUUCAUGACUACCUGACCGUUCCUGAAAGCAGCACCCAGCAGGAGAGAGACACGCUACGAGACAAAGGUAUAGAAGCUUUGAAGAUGGCGACGAGGCGCUACGCACGCAAACAGAAUAAAUGGGUCCGAAACCGCUUCCUUAAGCGACCAGGGGACAACGUGCCGGCGGUGUUCGGCCUGGAUGCGACAGACGUGUCGAGGUGGGAGGAGACGGUGCUGAACCCUGCACUGCAGAUACUGGACAGUCUCAGCAAGGGCGAGGAGCCGGCUAUUGCGCCAAUCAGAGUGCAGGGGGCGGAGCUGAGAAACAAACGGAGCCACCACUCAUGCGACUUCUGCGACAAAGUGAUCAUCGGUGACCUGGAGUGGACAGCUCACCUGAAGUCCAAAAAGCAUCACUAUCAUGUGAGGAAGAGGAUGAAGUCCGAUCCAGCUUGUGACCAGCCCCAGGUUCCCGCUGCUCCCCCAGCCUCUGCUGCAGAGACUGCAGAGGGCCUCUCAGAGGACUCUUGUGCAACUGUUGCCUCAGGCUGCGGUGAAACCUCUCUGGAGUCUUCCCAAGACACCAGGACAACACACAAGGAAGCUGUGACAUUAUGAGAGUCGCGCUGGCUCUGGACUACACACACGCUCAUUCAGGUUUCCAGCACGGUUCUGCACUAACAGCUGGAUGUUUCCUUCCAGUCCUUGCAGGGCUGCUUGUUGCAACUCAUAGAGCUGAACUGAACUUUUUUCUCUUUGAUUGUGCUGCACAGUCUCCUAGUUUGUCAAAGUAUUUGCUUUGAUUGGGAUUACAGACCAUCCUUCCCCUUGUGGAAGGGAAGAGUUUGUUCCUGGGCUCCGAGCAUGAAUCCUUUAAGUGGUUCUUUUUUGUAUCAGAUAUGUGAAUGGUUAGAGUCGCAUUAUCCCAGUUCUUCAACGUAUUUGAAGUAUUUUGCAUUAGAAAAGGUUAAUAGAAUCAGCAACACUUCCAAAAUAAUGCCUUGAUUUUAGAUAGAAAAAUGCUCGAUUAGAUGUUGUUUUUUCCUUUUCCAUAAAAAAAGUUUCAGCUCACUUGAUUGAAGUUGGAAACACUUUUUCCGUAUAAAUUCUUAAAUAGUGAAACAUUUAACUCAGGUGACUGAUCAGCUGUUUCCGUCCUGACUGAAGCUUCCACUCUGCUGAAAAUGUUUUCCCUUAAGAUGUGCAAAACAUUGGAAUUGAAGCCUGGCUAUUGUGGAUCCAAAAGGAUAAAUGGGCUGUUUUAUUUUGUGUACAGCCAAAGAAAUAUCAUUUUUAAAGACUUCUAUUUAUGUGUAUUUUUUUUGCCAUUGCCUGGAAACCAAAUGAAAAUUUAUUUUUCUGCUCUUGCAAACUGUGCCUUAAAUUUCAUACUGUUACAUAAUGUUUGCACUUCAGGUUUAAAGUCCACAUGAAACAGCCAGAAGAAUGCUACUCGCUUCGGCGUAGUUGUGCGUUUCCUGUCAAGCCCGCUAACCUUGGACAGGAAGCUCCCAGAGAACACAGCCGGACCAGGUCAGAGCAGCACAGCCUCCCAGAAGACAAAGAGAAUAAAGUACUGAGGUGCAGGUUUUGUCAGGUUUGGCCAGCGACAAAAAAUAUUAUUGUUGGACAAAUAAUUAAUAUAUACUUGCGAGUGCAGAAUGAGUAAUCAGCAUUUUUAAUGAUUUUCUGAGAAGUUAAUAACUAAAAUACCAUAAAACAUUCCUACAGAACAGCUUUGUGUCCACUGUUGGGCCUGAUGCUGGUGUAAAGGUGAGAUAUGGAGCAAGAUGUGUGGAAAAAACACAAUUUCUAACUUCAUUUUGAUUGUUGAUGAUGUGUUUGAUGUGUCACCGCAGUGAAAAGGGAAAACCCAAAAUAUUGUGUGUGAGAGGUUUUCACAUGACCUCAGCUGUAGUUUUAAUCUUUAUCUCGGUGAGAUCUCAUUGGCAACCUUAGACAGCCCACAGUAUUGUUCUCUGUUUGCCUGCUGCCAGCCUGUUUUACUGUCAUUAAAAACGUUCUCCAGCUCUUUGUUUGAUAA